AUGGGAGGUUGUACACCAGAAACACCAUACAAUAGUCUUUUAAGCGAAGCAACUGAGACAAAUCCACGAGUUGAUUUAGCUGACAAUGGUGUGGAAGAGCAGAUGAAAGCUAUUCUCAAAACAUUUAUUGAUGAUAACAAUGUUAAAAUAGCACAACCAAUAACAAAAGUUUUUUGUAGUGCUAGAAAUGGAUUUUUUAAAGUAAACUACCAUCAUUAUAGGUUAUAG